AUGGUUACUGUUACUAUCACUGUGAUUGAGGCAAGGAAACUGCGUGAUGUCCAGAUUCUUGGCAUCCAGGAUCCGUUUGUGAUCAUCUCUACGGAUAAAGAGUCCCGUCAAACGAAAACCGACAAUAAUGGGGGGACUCGCCCAUACUGGAAUGACGUAAAGACUCUCAAUUGUCGUAAUUAUGAGGGUGUGCUGGUUUUUAAAAUUAUGAACAAGAACAUUAUUAAAGAUAGCGAGAUUGAUAGUGGUACAUUAUCUAUGCCCAAGAUUGCUUCCUAUGGUGGGUACAUCGAUACUUGGGUACCUCUUGCGAGUGGAGGUGAACUCCAUGUCAUUGUGAAACUAGAUAAUUGUAAGAAUGUGGUUGGUGUGUUAUAUUUUAGUUGCGGGAGUUAACAAGGCCGGAUAUGCUCCUCAACCUGGAUAUGCUCCUCAGCCCGGAUAUGCUCCUCAACCCGGAUAUGUUCCUCAGCCUGGCUACCCGCCACAGCCUGGAUAUCCUCCUCAGCCUGGAUAUCCGCCACAGCCUGGCUACCCGCCACAACCUGGUUAUCCUCCACAACCUGGAUAUCCUCCUCAGCCUGGCUACCCGCCACAACCUGGCUACCCUCCUCAGCCUGGAUAUCCUCCUCAGCCUGGAUAUCCUCCUCAGCCUGGUUAUCCUCCUAUGUA